UUAAUGAAUCAGAUAACAACAUGCCAUUUUUACCUUUUCAGCUGAGAAGAGAGGCCAAGCAGUGAUGGAAAAAGUGUUUGUUAUUUAAUCCAUUUUUAAAUCUUCAGACACAUAUCUCCAACAUCAGGAAAUUGUGACUCUAAACCUAUUCUAAAGCUCUGGAUCAUCACCUUCUCACACUGACUUCUGACUCUCUGUGUCCUCAGGUGAGGAGUGUUUGACUCUGGCGUUGAAGAGUCGUUGUCAGAACCAGCUGAAGCGUCGGCAGGCCGGGCCUGAGAGGCUGAUUGGUAAUGGCCAUGGCCGCCUUGCAGGUGCAUCUCUACGCAGUGGUACCAUUAGUGGUCCGGUCAGCGGUGCUAGUCGUCUGGUUGAACGUGCCGUGGGAGGGCUCUGUGAGGUCCAUUUCCUCCCACUGGUGGUCGGAGUGGGAGACAGCAACCGAACACAGAGACUCAGAUGUGUUGACCAGGCAGAGUUUGCAAGGUGCCCUCAGCCGCUGCCCAUGGGCUCUCCCAGUUUGCCCGUCUCCAGCUGCGAGCUGAAUAAAAACACCAGACGCUGCCACCAGCAGCCGCUGGCUACUCACCUCUCCUGCCGACUCUACCAGACCUGUGACCACGCUGUGCUCAUCUCAGGUGGCUGGCAGCAGCAGAUAACAUUCCACCGUCACGUGCAGAAUCUUCAGAGGUUCUACAGAAUGCUCCGGAUCAACGGCUUCCAUAAAGAUCACAUCAAGACCUUCUUCGCCAGCAGUGGACAGCUUCCCGAGGAGGUAGAGGGUGUCUACUCGGCAACGGAGAAAGCAGUGAUCCGUAACCACGUGUCGUACGUCUGCAGGAAGCAGCACUGCGCCGACUCACUGGUUCUCUACCUGAACUCGCCCACACGCAACGACGGCACCAUGCUGCUGUGGGACGCCAACCUCAACGGCAUCGCUGAUCUAAAAGAACGAUACUCAGUCAACGAGCUGCUGGCCGACCUGGCCGGCUGCAGGGCGACUCGUGUUUUGCUGUUUGUGGAUCAGAGCUAUAGUGGCGUUCUGUCCAAAAGGCUGCGAGGGUCACAGAAACACCUCAACGUGGUUUUGAUCCAGAGCCAGACACGACAGACCCACAACCACCAGAACCAGAAGCUGAACCCAGGCUGGGAGGACAGCAGCUGGUCAUACAUCAGCCCUGCAACCUGCCUGCUGGACCACCUGGAAAAGGGUGCUGGGAUGUCUCGCCUCUUGGAGCCGUGGGCCGGCCUUUUAAACGUGACGCUGGCAGGUGCCCCCUGCAAUGCCACACCGCCACUGACGGAUGGCGAGAUGCGACGGGAGUACCAUGGCUGCCAGAACCUGCCAACUGCACUCUGGCACCAGAAACACAGGAGGACCAACUGAGAGAGAGAGACAGAGACUGACCGGGAGAGAGGGAGAGAGAGAGAAUAGAGAAUGAUUUACCUAGACACACAAACACACACAUACACGCACAGAAAAUACACACACGUUUGCAUUACAUACAUGCAUACUUGCAGCGCUGGUGUUUGUUGGACACUUGUGUGUGUGUGUGUGUGUGUGUGUAUUUUCUGUCCUAACUCUGAACUCAGACUGUAUCCAUGGUGAUGACAGCUCAUCCCAAGGGGAGUGUCCUGAACACCGUGUAAACAGUGUGUGUCUGUGUGCAUGUGUGUGUAUGUGUGUGUGUGCGUGUGAGUUCAGCAAGAGGACAGCCACUCUCUCUGAGACUAUUGCUAGUUUACACUCGGGUCAGUGUGUAUAUGUGCGUGUGUGAAAGACACAUCUCCUGGGCACUUUAACAUUUCAGAGCCAAUCAUUUAUCUUUAUUAUUGUCUGUUUGACAGUUUUUUCUUCCUUUCCUCUUUUCUCCAUUCUGUCCUUUUAUUCACCAUUAGUCAGCUCCGUUCUUCCUACCUUUCCUCUCUUGAUGUCCUUUUCUAACCUCCUCUCUACUUUCUUUCC